ACGUCACAAUUAUAAUUAAAUUCCCUGACUUUUGGGGUUAUUUUUAAUGGGCAGGGCAUAAGUUGUAAUUGUUAUUGUAAUUUUGUACCACAUCAUAAAUUGCAAUAAUUAAAUUUUGUUAUUAGGUGCUCAAGACUUGCCACUAGUAUGUCAAGCAACGCAGUUGCUCUUUUCGUAUUAUUAUGAGUGUGUAUUAUGCCCAUGGAAGCCCCAGCAGAGAAUCAGGAGUUGUAAGCGACUGCGACACCAUGGCCGAACUAGCUGCCUUGCUCCGGUCCGAGAUACCAGAGGGACGAAGCAACCUUACGGACAACCACACGAACCUCCAGAGGGUCGCGGAGUACUGCGAAGCGAACUACUUCCAAAAUGAAAACAAACGUUUGGCCCUAGAAGAAACGAAAAACUACACAACGCAAUCCUUAGCCAGUGUCGCCUAUCAAAUCAACACUUUGGCUUAUAAUUUCCUGCAGCUGCUGGAGCUGCAGACAGCACAACUGGCGGAAAUGGAGAGUCAAAUGAAUCACAUCUCGCAAACUGUCAUGAUACACAAGGAGAAGGUGGCGAGGAGAGAAAUUGGAGUGUUAACAGCAAACAAAUCUACUAGUCGACAGUACAAGAUCAUCGCACCGGCCAAUCCCGAGAAGCCUAUAAAGUAUUUGCGGAAACCGAUCGACUAUUCAAUUUUCGACGAUAUUGGGCAUGGUGUGAGAAGUGGCGGAACACCAAGGCAAAAACAAAGAGGUUCCAGCCAAGGUAGUAUCCACUCCCUUAAUUCCAUAUCGGGAAAUCCAAUGGUAGGGCCGGCUCCUACCACAAAGCCCCCUACGCCUCCUCAGGUUUCGAGAACGUCGAGCAAAGUGUCGGUAUCCGGAGGUACCCUCAGCAAGGGCAGCAGGGAGUACCGCACGCCGCCAGCAGUUGCCCCGCCUCAAGUCCCCAGCCAUUACGCCCCCAACUAUCCGAUCGGUCAUCCCAGGAGAGCAAGCGAGAGGGGUCCCGGCUACAGCACGCUGCCGUUGGCCAACCAACACCAGUCGUCGCCGCCGCAGGUCGGCAUGGUGCACCCCAUCGCCCAGCAACAGCAACAGCAGGUGAUCCAGCCUCAGACGCCACCUCCGCCGCCCCCGCCUAAUUCGGGGAACUACCCGCAGGAGCACCACAUGAGCAUGCCUCCUCCGCCGUCGCCCCUCAUCAACAGCCAAGAAAUGGUGCUCUCCUCCAACCAGCACCACCCGAUGAUGAUGGGCGGCCACCACGGCCCUGUCCCGCAGGGUAGCCUCGGCAUGCACACCCUGUCCCACGCCCAGGGCCACCGCAUAUCCCAGGCCCUGUCCCAGACGAUGGCCAGACAGAGCGGGGCCCAAUCCCCGCCGCUGCCUCCUCCUCCGCCGCCCGAGGCGGACGAACACGAGGGCUUCGGCAGGCCCCGCAACUCGGGCGUUAUGCCUAUCGUGCCUGACGAGGAGGACCUGCCCGGCUGGGUGCCCAAGAACUACAUAGAGAAAGUGGUGGCGAUCUACGAUUAUUACGCCGAUAAGGAUGACGAGUUAAGCUUCCAGGAGAGCGCCGUCAUUUACGUUCUGAAGAAGAACGAUGACGGGUGGUGGGAAGGUGUUAUGGAUGGUAUAACGGGUCUGUUUCCUGGUAAUUAUGUAGAACCGUGCGUUUAAGCGGCGGUCGAGUGCGUUUGCUGGGGUUAAGAGUGGGUAAGCGGUGUCGCCAGUGGGGUACGUUCGGGUAUCGUUUUUUAAACGAUUUUUGAAAAAUUUGGUUUCGUCGAUUGUUUUUGCUUAAAAAGUAACGCCGAGUGACGUGCAUGAAAGCAAUCGAGUGAUUUUUUUUGUAAAUGUAAAUUUAACAUUUUCCUGAAAGGCGUGUCAAAAAUUGUAUUGAUUUUUUUAUAUUUCAAGAAACGUGAGGAAGGAAGUUGAUUAUUUUCCAGUUUUAUACUCGUAUAUUAAUUUU